AUGUUCAAACCAGUUAUUUCCUAUUCUUCAAGAUACGUGGUGGGACGCCAUAUCAUGCAAAGACAGUUAUCCACAUCAUAUGCACUGAUGGGUGAGAUGGACAAGCAUUUGAAACAGAAACCUAUCUUAUCAAGUGAGGAAAGACAAGAACAAAACAUGUUUAAUAAGAAUAAAGCUAUCCUAGAGAAAAUGGAACACGAUAAGUUAAACCAUGAUAACGAGUUGAAGCCAGAUAUGGAGACUCUAAAACAGUUUGGUGAUAAUGCAAGAAUUGAACAAAACAGACCCGAUGAUGGUGUCUACUAG